GCCAUUUCUCCCCGGUGGAGGGCCGUAAUGCGCAGUUCUUCGUCUCGAACAACAUUAACCCCAGAAGAAGAAUAGAACGUAACAAGAAUUCCAAAGAUGGCGGCGUUGGUUGCACCUCGCCUGGCCACACUUGGCUCUUUUUCAACAAGGCCCUUUGCAGUUUUUGCUCUUCAACAGAAAAGUCUGCACAGCAGUGCUAAAAGUGAAAAUACCAGCACAAAUUUGGAUCCAAUCAGGGAGAAGAGCAAAGUGGUGGCAGCAGCCAAACCAGCAUCUGUAGCCAGUAGCAAGGGGGAGUAUGUCAUCACCAAGCUGGAUGACCUGGUUAACUGGGCACGUAGGAGUUCUCUGUGGCCUAUGACCUUUGGUCUGGCAUGUUGUGCAGUGGAGAUGAUGCACAUGGCGGCGCCCCGUUAUGACAUGGACCGUUUUGGGGUUGUGUUCAGAGCGAGUCCACGACAGUCUGACGUCAUGAUUGUGGCUGGAACACUGACAAAUAAGAUGGCUCCGGCUCUGCGGAAGGUGUACGAUCAGAUGCCUGAGCCCAGAUACGUCAUUUCCAUGGGAAGUUGUGCUAAUGGAGGAGGCUACUAUCAUUACUCCUACGCUGUCGUCAGAGGCUGUGACCGUAUUGUACCAGUGGACAUUUAUGUUCCAGGUUGUCCCCCGACUGCAGAGGCUCUGCUCUAUGGGACUUUACAGCUGCAAAAGAAAAUCAAACGUGAAAAGAAGCUGAAGAUCUGGUACCGGAAGUGAGCGCUUAAUGUUUGUGUAUUUGGUAUGUAAAUGUUGUAUUUCUGGUUUCAUUUGGAGCGAUGCUCCUCCUCUAUGUAGACCUGUAGGAGCUGACUUCAAUAAACUCAUUGUUGUAAUUUA